GCUGAGGAUUCCCUCAGCAACCUCACAGUUCAAAAACCUUUCAAACCGAUAUACACGAAAACGUCUCACUUCGAUCUGAACUUCGAUCAAACUUUACAAUGUCAAGUCCCUCGUCUAUCAAGUUGAGACGUUCAACACGACGAAAAACGUGGAAUUCAUCAUCUAAUCCAAUCAAGACCACUACAACCAAACCUAUCACAACUCGAACUGCGCAAUCUUCAAAACGAAAGAAAGUAAUCCCUAAAACCGAAAAAGAAAAUCAACAAGACGAUCCAAUAAAAGAUAUUGGAGAAGGUCAAACUAAAUCUUGGUUUGAACGUAGAGAUGACGGAUGUUGUGAUAUAGAUGUUGUAGCUCGAUGGUGUUGUAAUAAAGAAAAUUAUAAGGCCUGGAGAAGUAGAGAUGUUAAUAAAAAUGAAACUGGGGAAUUGGUUGCGAAAGAACUGAUCAAAUCCGGUCAUCCAGUUAAAACACCCAAAGACUGUGAAGGAGCUAUUCGACACCUUGAAUUUUUCUUUGACUCUGCUUAUAGAGCUAUAAAUCAUACAGGAAGAGCACCGAUAAAUCCAAAAGAAAGCGAGAUAAUGCAAACGAAUAUUGCGAGGACUUUUCCAUGGUAUAAAGUAUUAGAACCCGUGAUGAGCGAUCGACCGAUUUUUCAACCUUCAGAUCCUCAUGAUAUUCGUAGUAUUCAAGAUCAUUGUUUAGGUUGGCUUCUGCGUUUAGAACGUGAGAAUGAGCCUAGAGUCAAUGUCAGG